AUGAAUAACCUCAAUAAAAACAAUGAUAUUGAUAUAAAUAUUGAUAGUAGUAGUAAUAAUACCAAUAAUAGCAGUAAUAAUGAUUAUAAUUAUAAAGAAUUAAAAAAAAUAAAAGAAAAUAAUAAAUUCGAUUGGGUGUUAUUUAAAAGAUUUUUAAAGAUUAUAAAAAUUAUUUAUUUAAAGCCAACCAUACCCAUUGUAUUAUUGGUAAUUUUAUUUGGGUUAGCAGUGGGUUCAACUUAUUUAUCCAAAUAUACAGGCAUUGUUUUGGCAAAUAUAUAUGGAUCUUUUUCAACGGGCAAUAAAGAGCUAUUCCUAAAGUCACUAUUUACGGGUAUAGGUGCUAUAGGUUCAUCGGCUUUAUUGGAUGCCAUCAUUAAGUUUAUAGUCAGUAUAAUGGCUUGGCGUUGGAGAAAAGUGUUAUGUUUGUAUAUGCAAUCGAUAUAUUUUAAAAAAUCUCUCUUUUACAAGAUAAUUGCAUUUAAUGACAAGAUUGACAACCCCGAUCAACGUAUUACAUCAGAUAUAGAUAAUUUUACAACCCUAUUAGCAACUAUUGUAUCACAAUGCAUUACAAGUCCAAUGAUAGUAAUAUACUACACCUAUUUAACAUUCACUACAAUCAAUUGGUAUGCACCGUUAAUAGUAUAUGGUUACUUUUUUUUAGGUUACUUUUUAAACAAGCUCGUAAUGUCUCCAAUGGUUAGCAUUAAUUAUUUACAAGAUAAACUAGAGGGUGAUUUUAGAUAUCUACAUCAAAGAAUUAGAAACUUUGCUGAAUCAAUUGCACUACAAGGCAUUUUAAAAGAAAAUUUCAAUGUUUCACAAGAAAACAAUAUAAACAGUUAUAACAAUAAUAACAAUACUAGUAAUAUAGAUUAUGAUAAAGAAUAUUUAAUAAAUAACAAUAAUAACAGUUUAAAAAAUAGAAAAAAUAAAAAACAAAAUAAUUAUAAUAAUAACAAAAAUGAUAUUAAUAAAAAAUACUUUAAUAUUGAUGGUGAAAAAAAUGAAAAAGACUUGGUUGAAGAGGGGCAAGCAAAAGAACAAUUUGAUAAUUUAUUAAGAAAUAAAAAAAGAGUAAUAUGUUGGCAAUUUGGUUUAAAUACAACAUCAGAUUUAUUUUCAUACCUAAGUCCACUAGUAAACUAUUUUAUUAUUUCACUACCUGUAUUCUUUUUAAACACAAAGUCAACUUUACUACCUGCCGAAGUUACUGUUCAAUCAUAUAACUGUAUUAUGUUAGCAAGCGGUUUUAGUCAAUAUAUUUCAGUAUCAACAAAUAUUUCCGAUUUAUCAGGAUAUGUUUCGCGUAUAUCAACAAUGAUUGAAAUUUGCUUCAAUAUAUUAAAUGACAAAUCUUUGGAAACUGAUUUAGUUUCUAGCAGUAUCAACAAUACAAGUGUAUCAUCAUCAUCUAUACCACUAGAAAGUAGUAACAAUUUUAGUAUUAAUCAUUCCGACAAUGAUAUUAAUCAAAGAAAAAUUAUAAUUAACAAUGGUGAAAAUAUUAAAUUGGAUUACCUUAGCUAUUAUUCACCAAAAGGAAAUAAAUUAUUCUCUAAUAUAUCAUUAAUUAUUGAAAAAAAUCAAAAUUUAUUAAUUAUGGGACCAAGUGGGUGUGGCAAAUCGUCGUUAAUAAGAAUCAUCAAUGGAUUGUGGCCAUUUUUUACAGGUACUAUUGAUAAACCCAAUAACGAUAAAAUAUUCUUUUUACCACAACAACCCUAUUUAAUUUUUGGUAGUUUGGAAAGUCAAAUACUGUACCCAUUUUCAAAGAGUGAUUCAAAAAGAAUAAAUGAAAAAGAAAUGAGAAGAAUGUUUUCACAGUUUGAAUUAGAAUAUUUAUUGGACCGUGAGAUGGAAAUUAAAAACAAUCAAAAUAUUAUUAAUGAUUUAACACACAAUUGGCUCAAUCAAUUAUCAAAUGGUGAACAACAACUAAUUUCAAUUAUUAGAUUAUUUUACCACAGACCACAAUUUGCCCUACUAGAUGAAAGUACUUCAAGUAUACCCCAAAAUGUAGAAGAAAAGGUUUAUCAAAUUGCAAAACAAUUAAACAUCACAACUAUAAGUGUAGGCCAUCGUUUAUCAUUAUUAAACUACCAUUCACAUUUAUUAAAAUUUAAUAAAAACAAAAACUGGUCAAUUGAAAAAAUAAAUAAUGAUAAUCAUGACAAUAAUCAAAAUAAUAAUAAUAUUUAUGACUAA